AUGUCGAAACACUCCACCCUGAUCAAACCUCCAAACUCCCUCCCUCACCACUCUCCCGUCGAGUCAGUCCUCUCCCUCCUUCCCCUCGUCGACAUCGGCCCAGACAUCUACACAAAUGCCCGGCCGCUCUGGCACCCACCCGGGGCCCGUGGCAUCUACGGCGGUGCCGCCAUCGCCCAAUGUCUCUCGGCAGCGCAGUCCACCGUUCCCGCAACCUUCAGCGUGCACAGCAUGCACUGCUACUUCGUCCUAGCAGGCAACAGCUCGAUCCCCAUCCUAUACCACGUCGAGCGCGUCCGCGACGGCAAGAGCUUCAUCACACGCACCGUGCAGGCCCGGCAGCGCGGCCGCCCCAUCUUCACCACCACCAUCAGCUUCCAACGCGAGAACAGCGGCGGCGCCCACACGGUCGACCACGCCCUGAAGAUGCCACAGGGCGUCCCCGCACCACCGGACGGCGACGCCGCCCAGGUUCAGCGCGAAUGGCUCGGCCGCAUACAACGCGGCGAAGGCCCCGGCCGCCCCUUCGAGAGCGUCAAAGUCGGCAUCACGCCGCGCGGCAACGCGCCUCCCGAAUCCAAGAAGAUUUUGCAGUGGAUCCGCGCGCGCGGCCGCAUCAGCGAGUGCGCGCCCAACGUGCGCGAGGAGGAGGAGCGCACGGGCGAGCGCCGCUUCGAGACCAAAGAGAGCAACCACCAGGCGCACCUGAGCGCGCUGGCCUACAUGAGCGACAGCUGGUUCAUCGGCACGGUCAGCCGCGUGCAGCGCCUGGAGCGGUUCGCGAGCCGCGAACACAUCCAGCGCGCCGUCAAGGAUUUCCAGGGCAGCGAGGAGGAGAGGCGCGAGAUGCAGGCCACGCUCGAGGAGAAUGCGCGCGAGGAGGCCGAGGAGCGCCGUGAGGCGGCCGCGGAGGGGAGCGGAGGAGGCGUGCCGCAGGAGUCGGAUGGCCCGCAGGUCGGGAAGGGGAGAAGGAUCGGCAUGAUGGUCUCGCUGGACCAUACUAUCUACUUUCAUAACCCCCGGGCGUUCCGCGCUGAUGAGUGGUUGUUGACCGAGAUGGAUAGUCCGUGGGCGGGCGAUGGGAGGGGCUUGGUGCAGCAGCGGAUCUGGACUAAGGAGGGGGUGCUGGUCGCGACGUGCUAUCAGGAGGGGGUGGUGAGGUUGGAUCAGGGUGGGAAUGAGAAGACGAGUAAAAUAUAG